UUUUUAGAUACCUUAGUCUUUUAGCUAAGGGUCAGUCAAUUCUAAAAUUCAAUAUAAUUUAUUUUUAAGUAAAUAUUUUAAAGAAAACAAUGACCCCUACCCAUGGGGUAGGUUGGCUGUUUUUUUUGGGGGGCAAGUUGGCCUUUUUUUUUAGCUUCUGACCUUGUUUAUUUGUGUGUCAAAAUCUUCUGUUUUUUUAGUGUUACACGAGGAUGAGGAACUAUGUACGAAAAACUGACAGGGGAAAAACGCCUAGUGAGGUUAUCGAAAGAGCAAUUGAUGUUGUUCUUACAGAAGGAAGAGGAAUAACUGAGGUUGGAGAAAUGUUUCAGAUUCCCAGAAGAAGUCUUGCUAGAUACGUAGACAAGAAUAAGAAUGUGCUACCCUGUAAACAAAAAUAUGGUUAUUCAAAGAUUCGUCAGGUUUUCACAGAUGAGGAGGAGGCUAUACUAGUGAAAUAUUUGCAUCGAGCAGCAGAUAUUUAUUUUGGAUUGUCACCACUGGACGUUAGGAAACUAGCAUUUCAAUUGGCCACCAAAAUGAACAUCAAAAUUCCCUUGUCGUGGACUACAAAAUGCUUAGCUGGCCCUGACUGGUUUAGCUCAUUUCUUAAGAGACAUAAUACUUUGUCAAUUAGGAAACCCGAGGCUACCUCCUUGGCAAGAACAUCAUCUUUCAACAAACACAACUGCGACGCCUUUUUUGACAAUUACGAGAGAUUGUUGACAAGAGAAAACAUAUCAUUUGAUUGUGUAUGGAAUAUGGACGAGACUGGUGUUACAACUGUCAUGCAACCUGAAAAGAUCGUUGGUCGACGUGGCCAAAAGCAAAUAGGUUAG